AUGUCCUUCUUCCCCAACCUCGCCGAGUACCUCGAUUCGCUCCACGACGCCCUCCCCCCGUCCCUCCAAGCCUACUUCACGCGGCAGAACAUCCAGCUGCUCCUGCGCGUCGUGGUCAUCAUCUCCACGUACACCCUCUUCCGACCUCACCUGGAGUCUCUGUUCCGCAAAGCCACGGGCACGCCGGACCAGCGCGAAGAAGAGAUCAAAGCGAGGGUGGAGGCCGCGAGACAGCAGCGAGUGCCGCAAGGUGCUGUGCCACCGAGGGGAGUGGGCGUGGUAGGAGGCCACCAAGGCACGGUGUACAAGCAGGGAACGGUGUACAGGGGCGUUUCCCCGCAGGGGGAUGGCAUUGCCGCGACGCAGGGAGGCAAAGGGAAGGCUACGAGGGGUGGGAAGAGGAAGGGGUGA